UGUUCAGAUGGACGCACGAGUCUCUAAUCGAGUUCGUCAUGAAUGUCUCCGGUGUAAGGGGGGCAACUCUAGUUCCAUGUUUGUAAAGUUGCCCUUUGACCCCAUAUAGCAGGAAGACUGGAGAAUAGCAACAAGGUUGGUGUGUUGCUGAGUGAAUACAUUUAGAGGACGUUGUGUUGUGGGAUGCUCUGUACACGACAUUUGUUUCAAGCUGCCAAGAUGGCUUUCCAGACACCUCCAGAAGUGCUUUUCAGAAAUGUUCUCAGACACAAGUCCGUGACAGCAGCACGAACUGCUUCAAGUGUCAGUGGACUGCCCAGUCACUUCCAGGCAGCGGUGCUGCAGGACCUUGGACAACCGAUGGUGGUGCAAAGGUUGCCCAUGCCCACAGACAUCAAGAGAGAUCAGAUACUGGUGGAGGUUGAAGCGGCAGCAGUCAACUUUUCUGACAUUCUGAAGGCAGCCGGACAAUAUCAGGUGAAGGCCACAGUGCCCUAUGUUCCAGGUGCUGAGCUCUGUGGUCGUGUGAGAGCAGUUGGUGAAGGGGUGAAAAACUUCCACAUAGGACAGAAGGUUGUGGGUUUGGCUUCUAAGGGAGAUGGAGCAUUUGCUGAAUACUGCCUUCUGCAUACAAAGACUGUUCUUCCAGUGCCUGACGCCUUGUCACCAGUAACAGGUGCCUCCAUGAUCAUUUCCUAUGGAACUGCCAUGAUGGCUUUGACCCGCACAGCCAAGGUCAAGGCUGGUGAGACGGUGUUGGUAACAGCAGCAGCUGGGGCAACAGGGAUGGCAGCCAUGGAUAUUGCAGCUCAUGUCCUGGGUACAGAGGUGAUUGCAGUUUGUGGAGGAGCUAAGAAGUGUGCCCUUGCCAAGGAAAGAGGAGCACACCACACAAUAGACUAUAACAGUGAGAAUUUGAGGGAGAAAGUCAAGGAAAUCACUCAAGGUCGUGGAGUGAAUGUUGUUUUGGAUCAGGUUGGGGGAGAUAUCUUUCUGCAGUGUCUAAAAAGUAUUGCAGAGGAAGGACGACUGGUGACUGUUGGUUAUGCAUCAGGGAAAAUACCAUCAAUACCUGCUAACCUGCUGCUGCUCAAGUCCUGCUCUGUCCAUGGUGUGUUUUGGGGCAACACUUCCGUCACCAACCCCCCAGCUUUCUUCAGGUCCAUACAGGACACAAUGACAGCACUUCAGCAAGGGAAAAUAAAACCAUACUGUGGACAAACAUUUCCUCUCAAUCAGGUAAAUGAAGCAUUUGACCUGGUGAAAUCCAGAAAAUCAACAGGAAAAGUUGUUAUAGUUCCGAGUCCUAACUCUUGAAACUAUCUCAUUGAACAAAAGAUCAAAUAUUAUGUAUGAAUAGUUUUACAUUUUCAGAAAACAUGGUGAUGAAUCAAAAUCAUAUAUUCCAAGAUAAAAGUCAUCAGAGUAUGUAAAUAGUCAGAUUAGUUACCAAGGCAAUACUACACAUGUUGUUUUGUAUAGAGGAAUUUUGGGGUCAGUCUGUACAAACCAAAAUAAACAUUUUAUGCCACAAGGCCAUAUCUUACAUAAUUAAUAAGGUUGUAAAAGUUUCCCAAAGGUUUCAGGCAUCCAGCGUAUAAGUUGGUAUAAGCUUUCAUGUAGAUACAUGAAACAUACCGAUGAUGGAUGGAUUGACCUGUCAGUGUGAGUAUCCCACACCAUACAGUGUUCACAAUUCUUGAAACAUUUAUUAUGCUCAGUCUGACAAGAACAUGUCAAGAACAAGAACAUUUGUAAAAGAGAAUAUCUGCAGUUUGUCUCUGUUUGUCAGUUCCUAUGUCUUUGUAUACAUUGCUUUAUAUAUACAGAAAUAAAACAAACACAUGAAUGUGUGCAACCACUUACUUUAUUUGCACCUGCAAAUAGCAAAAAGAAUCAAGUCUGCUAUUUUCCCGGCAUAGUCUUACAACCAGUGAAAGACAAAUGAUUUCAUGCAGGACAUGUAAAGCAAGUCCACAUACCAAUUCCUGUCAAAUAAAAAGAAAUGAUUAUAUACUUCUUGUAAUUAAGUAUUUUCCACUGUCUCAAGUGGCUAGGAACACCAUGUAAAGCUGUGCUGGAAAGUAUCAGACUUGAUGUCUCAUCCUGCUAAUGGGCCCAUUCUUCCCCCAUCACUCCCCGAUAAUCCCUACAUGUAGUACAACUACUGAAAUGAAUCAGUCUUCUGCAUCUUAGGCCUCUUUGAUUUAUUUACUUGGUUUACAUAUUUUCCAAAAGACACAUAGGCUCGGUUGUCGAAAUUAAAUUAAAAUAGAUGUUAAAAACAUUUUUUCAGAUUUUCUUAAAGGUGAGUCAGUUGAAAAGCCAAAGAGUUACCUCCCUUCAGACAUCAACAUACAUGUACUUCAGAAAAUGAGUACUCAAAAUUUUAAUUUUAUUUGUAAAAGUUUGGGUUGGCCAAUCCGUAAACCAAGUAAUUAAAACUAAACACCUUAUAUGGAAACAUGCAUAACGGUAAGAGUCAACAAUAGAACCACAAUGCUGCUUCACAGUCCAGGCUUUAGUAAUACCUUCUACCAGAUAACAUAAAACUCGGACAAAAUUUUCACCUUCGCUUACUUUUGGCUGAUAAAUAAAACCAAUAAAAUAACCAUGGCUUUUAUCUGUUGUAACAUUUUAAAAUAAUCUAAAUGAAUCAUUCGAACGUUUAUUUCAUAAUGUUAGGUUAAAAACUGAGUUACAUUUCAAACUAAUUUGAAUCUGUAAGAUGUCAUGCCUAUUUGAUCAUAUCACUGAAUAAUAGAGGAUAGAACUGAAAGCAACAUAAUCUUUUGUCUUGCAUUCAUAAACAGUCUAAAAUGAUGUACAAAGCUAAAAUAUAACUUUUCACUUUGUGCAACUUUGUUGAGAAUAAAAUUAUUGACAUAUUUGACUUUCCUCAUUCUCAUAAAACAUUGAACUUAAUCAUUUGGCAAAAACAGUCUAUUGCUCGAUAACAUAAAAGCAUAGUAUAUGUAAAUGCUUGAUAACGCUGCAUGUCAGGGCUCGAUUUAAAGGAACCUGAUUAAACUUGCACAAGAUGCAUGUUGACAUACAAACCUAGU